CACAGGGAAGAUUGACACAGCAGUUUCAGCCAAGGCUGCACACAGAAGAGCGUUCAGUGACAGGAUUACACUAUCCGUAAAGGAGGACAAUAAGAGAUUAAAAGGAAGGAAUGAUGAAGAAGUACUGAAGAGGAAAUCACUAAAUGAAAGUAAAAGAGAGGAAGAAGGAAUGACGCGCUCACACACCACAGAAAUCUAGACGUGCUGGAUAGUUGGAGUUGACAGUGCUAUUGGGACUUUGAGAAGUGAAGUUUCAGCUGACAAGGAAAUUGAAUGGAAACAAGGAAAAUAGUCAGCAAUUAGUAGGUGGUCUGCAGGGGUCUUCUCAGAGGCCCAAGUAUUGCCUGCAUGGUGGAUGGCUGAUCUGUGGGAGUGAUUAGACUCUGGCCUCCCACCCAAACCUCAAAUGAGGGAUUAUUGUUGCCAUGGGAACAAGUAGGUCCAACAGGUAUAGCAUUGUGUCAAACAACUUACCAGAGGAGGAGCGUCUGAGGAUCUGCAGCUUGGAUCUCCAUAACGGUCAGAGUUCCUCCGACGUCCACUCACAUUCGGCCUGCGACACAGAAUUUGAGCAGAAGCGGAGAAGGAGGAGGCGGACAGGUGCGUCCGCUGCUGUCCCCAGCACACGGGGACAAGGAGGGAUGAACAACUACAACGGGAGGGUUCUGACAAGGGGCUCCAGCCAGGUACGGAGCCGCUUUGUGAAGAAGAAUGGACAAUGUAAUGUUGUCUUUACUAACAUGGAGGAAAAGAGGCAGCGCUACCUAGCAGACAUCUUCACCACCUGUGUGGACAUCCGCUGGAGAUACCUGCUGUUUAUAUUCUGCACAAGCUUCAUCAUCUCCUGGCUUUUCUUUGGCGUCAUCUUUUACAGCGUCUCGCUUUCCCAUGGGGACUUUGAGGAGCACCUCAUGGUGAAGGGUGAAGGAAUAGCAGCGGGCGGGCUGUAUUCACCCAACUCUGGACACACUACAGAAGGACAGACAAAAAGAGUGCCUUGCAUCCUCCAUGUCCAGGGAUUUGUUGGUGCUCUCUUGUUUUCCAUGGAGACACAAACUACCAUUGGCUACGGCUGGCGCUGCGUAACUGAAGAGUGUCCCAUGGCUGUCAUAACAGUGGUUGUUCAGUCCAUCGUGGGCUGUAUCAUUGACUCGUUCAUGGUUGGCACCAUUAUGGCCAAGAUGGCGCGCCCAAAGAAAAGGAACCAGACGCUCAUGUUCUCCAAAAAUGCUGUCAUUGCCCUUCGUGACGGCAAGCUGUGCCUCAUGUGGAGGGUGGGGAACUUGCGCAAGAGCCACAUUGUGGAGGCUCACGUCCGGGCGCAGGUCAUCCGUUCCUACGUCACAGCAGAAGGAGAAUUCAUCCCACUGGAGCAGAUGGACCUCAAUGUGGGCUACGACGAGGGCACAGACAGGUUGUUUCUCGUAUCCCCGCUGAUUAUAGUCCAUGAGAUAGACAAAGACAGCCCUUUGUAUAGUGUAAGCCGAGCUGAUCUGGAGACGGAUGAAUUUGAGGUUGUUGUGAUCCUGGAGGGAAUGGUGGAGGCCACGGCCAUGACCACACAGAUCCGUAGCUCUUACCUUUCCAGGGAGAUCUUCUGGGGCCACAGGUUUGAGCCUGUCAUCUAUGAGGACCGCAACUGCUACAAGGUCGAUUACGCACGCUUCCACAAGACCUACGAGGUCCCGUCAACACCCAACUUCAGCGCCAAAGAGCUCGAUGAGAACGCGAGUCGGGCCUCCUCUGUGGUUUCUCCCUUCUCUGCACGCAUGGCUUCAAAAAGCUUGAUCCCUUGUUCGGUCGGUACCUUUUGCUACGAGAACGAGGUCGCGCUGAGCUGCGGGGAAGAAGAAGAAGACAUCUUUGACUCCUCUCAAAUUGUAGGGAAGGAAAGAGCAGAGGAGAGAAGGACUUCUGUAGACUUCCACAAUAUGUUUAAGGACACUGCCACCAUGACAUCUGGGAGUCACAAUGUCAUGUGUGUUCUGGACAUGGACAAUAACCAGAUGGAAUUUGACAUCUUACAGACAGCCAUUCCACUCGAUCCAGUGACCUAUAAGAACGAGCCAGAGAUUUGAAGAAAUCAAUGAGGAAGCAGAUUGAAUGUCUUUUCUGUUUUGUUUUCAUUGCAUGAAAUUGCAGGAUUUCUUAUUAGGAAUAGAGUGAAAUUUCUAAGGUAGAACACCAAUCUGUUCCACAUUGUUCUAAUUUAAACCAAAGUUUCGCACUGGAAAUAAUUGACUCUUGCAUCAAACUGUCACUGUCAUAAAGUCUUGAUCAAAUGGGCAUGUAUUUUUUUUCUGACUAAAAUCUUAAGAUUCCUAACUGUCAUAGAAGUGUAAAAGCAAUCAAUUGUAUGGCCUCAGUUUGACUUUGGCAGUUCCAAUGUAAAGAAAAGGCAAAUCUUUGAGUGGACAGACCCUUGGCUCUUCUUGAUGUCACAACCAAAGAAAAGCACACAUUGAGUCGUUUGACUUCAGUGUGAAUGAGACAUUCUAUUAAAGUUUUUAAUGACAUAUUCCUUUUUGAGGAGGACCAAAUUCAAGGUAGAAAUGUUUUAUUUCAUGACUUUUAUGAUUUUGUGUUCAUUCUAAUGGUGUUCUCUGAGUCAUCUGUUGUCAACAUUCCACCUUAUGCAUGUGAAAUCCCUUGCUUUGUUAAGAUUAAAACAAUCUCUUGCUGUAAAUAAGGGAUUAGAGGACCCCAAAUGAAAGAACAUUUUCUUACAGGCAUAAGACAUGAAAAUUGUUGACAAACAGGUGACUGAAGUAAAUAUUAAGCAUCCAGUCUGUUUAUAGGACUGAGAUAUAUACAAUAUUUGUGCUCCCAAAAAGGCUCCUAUGCAUUUUGAAAAAAUAUUCAGAGUAAGGCAGGGCUGUGCACCCAGAGUUGGUGAUCCAGUGCCUUGCUCAGUGGCAUUUCUCCAACUUGUCCCACUUUCCACAUUACAAUUUGUUUUCAAAAAGUGAAACACCGAACAUCGCCGAGUCACUAGGAUACAUUAGCUUCUAUCACAGCAUGCAGCUUUGGGUUACUGACAGUUUUAGAAUUAUAAAGAUGUCAGUCAUGGUAUAAAGUCAUUGUAAAAUGUAACAGAAGGAAUGAAGUUAGAGUGAAGCCUCUAGAAAUGUGCACAAGGGACAGGAAUGAAAAAAAAGUUCAAGGUUGCCAUUGUGUACAAUGUUGUUUGUGAUGGUUUUGUUCUAUUUUUAAGUUGUCAGCGCUUUAAAAGCAACAUUCAACAUACAGAAAUUAGCCAGUGGAAAAAUACAGAAUUGUGAAUCCUUGUCUCAUCUGUGGUAUAUUAAUGUUCACACAGUAUUGAAUUUAUAUUUUCACUUUGUCACUUUGUCAUUGAUUCACUUUUUGUGUUGUACAAAUGUGGAUUUGUGAGCGAUUGUAAAGAGUAUGUGUGCUCAUGAGCAACAAAUGUGUAAGCAGUCACUUUAAAAUAUGUUAUUGUUUAUUUUUGUAGUGCUGAAGUAGAGGGUAAAAACAGUUCUCUUGUACACGCAUGCAUGCUGUCAGCCACAAUGUUAAAAUGCUGUAGGCAAAAACCUCAAAGAGCCUGUCUUUUGAUUACUACAGUACAGUUCAGUACUGUAUAUUCAUACGGUACAAUUAUUAUUUCUUAUCAAGAAACUAAUCAAGAACACCAACUGCAAGCUUUUGAUGUGGCAUUAUUACAAUAAUACAUUUUUAAAUAGCAAUGACAAUCAUAGGCUGGUGUGUGGGAAAUAACUGUAAAAAAAAGAAAGAAAGAAAUAUAUAUAUAUAUAUAUAUAUAUAUAUAUAAUUUGUUUACAACGCACUUUAAUAUUGGAUGUUUACGUUUCAAUGUUAUGAAUAAAUCUUUGAAUAAUUGUUGGUAUUGCAUUCUGUGUCACUAGAUGUCACUGCAGCUAUUUACAGUGGAGGCCCACUGACGCCAACACAAAACUGGGGCCCAGAAUUAUUGACCGUGUCUUUUUUUUUUUUUUUUUUUGCCCUCAUACAUUACACCAAUGUAAUUGAAAUAAAACCACCAAUAUGUAUUUACUAUGUGUGUUUGUAUAAGUGGAGAGUUUUAGUGUUAAUGUAAGAGGUUUUACAAAAUAUGGCCUUUGCCCUUUAGGUAUAAGAGCUAUUUUAUGCUAUUUUAUGCACCUACAUUUUCAGGCGCUCAGUAGUAUUCGGACAAUUGGAAUAACUGUGAAUAAUUGUUCUAAAGUGGAUGACAGGACUUCACCAAAUUCUGAGUUUCCUCCUUGGUGUUUUGCCAGGCCUUUGCUGCAGCCACCAUCAUUUUCUACGUGUUUGAGGGACUGACUCUCCUAACUUUGGUCUUGAAAAGCAAUAUUGAAUAUUUCAUGUCCUUUCUUUCAAAAAGUCUUUUUGCAAUAACUCGCAGUAAGACAACAAUAGCGGAUGAUCACAGAAUAAUUUCUUUAGGUGAAUACAAAAAUACUUCACAAUAUCAAAAUAAGUCAAGCAUACUGUGGAGAAGAUGAUGAAUCAGUGUCAGAAUUUACAAUAAAGAGAAACGCUCAUGAAAAAAGGGUUUCAACAUGGAAAUCAACAUUCAUGCAAAGCCAGAAACCAUGGUACACUUAUAUCAGAUUGAUGGGUGAAGCAAAUCUGCAGUGAAGGAAAGGUACAGAUAAUAAUCCAAAGCAUACCACAUCAUGUGUCUAGCAUGGUGGAGACAAUGCUAUGGCAUGGACAUGUAUGAAUAAUAAUGUAAUGGGCUCACUCGUGUUGAUUGAUGAUGUGACUCCUAAGAUGAAUUGUGAGGUGUGUAGUGAUAUGCGCAUGUAAACAACACAGUUGUAUGACGAAACUAUGACAUUUAUGGAAGAAAGAUCAAAGGAGCGCGUCAAGGAGAUCAGAUAGCAAAAAAAGAGGACGACCACAUUUUGUAGUUUCAAUGACAGUGAAUCUUUUGAUAGUGGGCACACACGACAGAUACAUCUGAUCCUUUUUCCCAGGGGGUGUGGAUGGGAGCAGCAAAAUUCUGUCUUGUGAUCCACAUAUAAACACAAAGACUCUAACCCCGGCAUCUUCCCUGGCACAAACACAUUCAAGUUCCAAAUGAAGUAAUAUAGAGUAGAUUGUGGUACGAUACAAACAUAAUCAUAUCUACAGAUCUACUGCUUGUUCUACAAUGUUAGGUUUCUUCGUACUACAUCCUCUAGUACUAGUUAUUCGAGUAGCAUGAGUAUCAGAUCUAUCAUCUACAUCAGUAGUUAGAAUGGUAACCUCAGGCUUGUUUUCGCUUUCAAUUCUGAAUAGUGAUUGUCACGUUUUAAAUUUGUAGGGAUAAAAAGUAGCCACCCACUGUCCGCGGACUACAUUCCCAGCUUCUUCUCCUUCAUCCGGUCACCAGAAAAGGCUGGAAGCGUAGCAGCUGUGGAAAAGUUUAAGCCACUGUGUUCUGUGCACUGUGCACUUUGGUAUACUUACAUGAAU